AUGCCGCCCCCCGGGCCAUCCAUGUCUUUCACCAGCAUCGCUAUCAGUCUUGAAACCAGAUUCGAGCAGCAGACCCUCCUGUCUGACCUGGACGAGGCUAUCGAGCUCCGUCGAGCUGUACUGGCUAUGCUUCCUCCUGGCCAUCCUGUUCGAUGCGAUUCCCUUGCGGGCCUUGCAAACGGACUUCAAGACAGAUUCCAGCAACAGGGUGUCCUGUAUGACCUCCAGAUUCCUGCGACAGGAGACCCUGUCCGGCUGUCUUCGGCCAUUGAGCUGGAUCGAGCUGCACUGGCACUCUGUCCCCCUGGCCAUCUUCACCGAUCUGAGUCUCUCAACAACUUUGCAAUUAGCCUUGACGACAGAUUCCAUCAACAGGGCUUUCUGUCUGACCUGGAUGAGGUCAUGGAGCUCCAACGAGUUGCACUGGCGCUCCGUCCAUCUGGCCAUUCUGAUCGAUCCGCGUCUCUCCUCCACCUUGCCAUCAGCCUUCAAUGCAAAUCCCACUACCAGGGUCUAUCAACAGACUUCGAUGAGAUUUUCAAGCUUUAUGCACAACUCUCCCAAGUUUCUCAUGCGUUCUCCCGUGACGAUAUUCGUGCUGCCAAGACCGCAUUGAAGUUCCUGGAUCAGUAUAUCGCUAUUUUGUCAUCUUCUUCGCACCAUUUCGAUGUGGCUAAGGGAGGCUACCUCAUCCCUUGCGAUGGACGCUUUCUUAUGCUACAUCCGUCGUGGCGCUUUAAAGAAUGCCGUGGAAUUGAUAGAGGAAAGCCAUGCAAUGCCUUGGCGGAGGAGUUCAAGCAAUUUAGCUUCCGCCUACGUAACAUAUUUUAUGCGUCUACUGAGGACCAAUCCCCACAAGUCCGGCAACUGACCAUGCAAUGGAAUAAUGUUGUCUCUCGCAUCCGCCUGCUGUCCUGA